AUGCAGCCUCAUAAGCGGCAGAAGAUGCAGGCAAAGGAGCACGGGUUUGAUCAUGACCAGCAGACCACGCAGAUAGCAGUCAACGGCGGCGAGGAUGAAUUUGCGUUCAAUCCUACGAAAGGUACCUCGGAGGUGCCAAACAAAGCGCACGAGACGAUCGAGCACAAUCAAGAGGUCUCAUUGGAAGAAGUCAGGAGGGGCUCAGAUGCAGUUGAGCAAAGCAUGGAGGAGAUCCGCAUCAAGAUGGAAACAUUUACCGACAUGGUUUCUAGGCUCCUCGAGAAUGCAAAGACGUUCUUCUCUCAGACCCUGCAGUCCUUCGAAGAUGGACUUGUUGAGCUCCAUCAGCAGCAGAUGCAAAAGUGGGAGGACGAGCUGACGGCCCUUCGGACGCUCGACUACGACAACGAAGACGCCCUCGCACGGCUGACUCAUGCCCAGGAUGCCAUCGGCAGUCUAGGGGCGCUGGCGCAUAGAUAG